AUUCCAGCCGGACUGCGUUUCCACGGACGCGCAGGAAACCACCCGUGGUUGAGCCGGUUGCGCUGACGGGCCCGGCUGGGCCGGGGCAUUCUCCGCUGCUGGACUGCCUGGUGUGACCGGUGGCCACCUCUGCAGUUUGUCCCACAGCCUGGUGUUGUCUCCACUGCUGGAGUCCUCUGACCCCGCUGGCCAGCUCUGAACCUCAAGCCUAAAAGAUGGCAGACGGGCCCAACGGGGAGCCCUGUGCCUCUCCACUGGACCUGUUCAAUAGCAUAGCUGCUCAAGGCGAGCUUGUGAGGACCCUCAAAGCUGAAAAGGCAUCAAAAGAUGAAAUUGAUUCUGCAGUAAAGAUGUUAUUAUCAUUGAAGAUGAGCUACAAAGCUGCCAUGGGCGAGGAUUACAAAGCUGACUGCCCCCCUAGGAACGCAACACCUGAGAGUAAUAGUGGCCCAGAUGCCACAGAAGCCAGCGAGGAUUUUGUGGACCCUUGGACAGUACGGACAAGCAGUGCAAAAGGCAUUGACUAUGACAAGCUCAUUGUUCAAUUUGGAAGCAGUAAAAUUGACAAAGAGCUGAUAAACCGAAUAGAGAGAGCCACCGGCCAAAGACCUCACCGCUUCCUACGCAGAGGCAUCUUCUUCUCACACAGAGAUAUGAAUCAAGUUCUCGAUGCCUAUGAAAAUAAGAAGCCGUUUUAUCUGUACACAGGCAGGGGCCCCUCUUCUGAAGCAAUGCAUGUAGGUCAUCUCAUCCCAUUUAUUUUCACCAAGUGGCUGCAGGAUGUGUUCAACGUGCCYUUGGUGGUCCAGAUGUCUGACGACGAGAAGUACCUAUGGAAGGACCUGAGCCUGGACCAGGCCUACUCCUACACCAUAGAGAACGCCAAGGACAUCAUUGCCUGCGGCUUUGACAUCAACAAGACCUUUAUCUUCUCCGACCUUGAAUACAUGGGGAUGAGCUCAGGCUUCUACAAGAAUGUGGUGAAGAUUCAGAAGCACGUCACCUUCAACCAAGUGAAGGGUAUUUUCGGCUUCACUGACAGUGACUGCAUUGGGAAGAUCAGCUUUCCCGCCAUCCAGGCCGCUCCCUCCUUCAGCAACUCAUUCCCGCAGAUCUUCCGAGACAAGACGGACAUCCAGUGCCUCAUCCCGUGUGCCAUUGACCAGGACCCCUACUUCAGGAUGACGAGGGACGUGGCCCCGCGAAUCGGCUAUCCCAAACCAGCCCUGCUGCACUCGACCUUCUUCCCUGCCCUGCAGGGCGCGCAGACCAAGAUGAGCGCCAGCGACCCCAACUCCUCCAUCUUCCUCACAGACACGGCUAAGCAGAUCAAGACCAAGGUCAACAAGCAUGCAUUUUCUGGAGGGAGAGACACUGUGGAGGAGCACAGGCAGUUUGGGGGCAACUGUGAUGUGGAUGUGUCCUUCAUGUACCUGACCUUCUUCCUGGAGGAUGAUGACAGGCUGGAGCAGAUCAGGAAGGAUUACUCCAGCGGGGCCAUGCUCACCGGGGAGCUUAAGAAGGCUCUCAUAGAUGUCCUGCAGCCCCUGAUCGCGGAGCACCAGGCCCGGCGCAAGGAGGUCACUGACGAGAUGGUGAAAGAGUUCAUGACUCCUCGGCAGCUGUCCUUCCACUUUCAGUAACACUCGUUUUCUGUGUGCAUAGAGACGUGUAAUCAGUAAUCCCACUCUGAUCCAAUCACCACCACCUGUAGGCUUCUGUCACGUGGUAAUUCCUGGGCCUGGUGUCCUACGCCCUGUGUGUUUUAGGUGCUGUCUCUCCCUGUGGAGCUUGUCCUUUCUGUUUCUUGUGGGCAAAAUGCGAGUGAUUGGGUGCUGCUAACUCUGCGUGGUCAGAUAGACACCCAGCUGUGAGUCUCUCCCACGUGAACCUCAGUCUGUGGAACUUCUGGCUGGAAGGCCUGACCAGCCAGUCCAGGCCCACAGAGGAAGUCCAUCUGAGAGCAGCCUAGGAUCCACAUAUACUCCCCAGAUCUCUUUGAUUUUAAAAAGCUGUGCUUUCUGUAUGCACAUAUGGAACCAAMAUGUCAUUAUUAUAAAAAUUAAAAGGGCUGGAGGUGGAGCUCAGUGGCAGACCACUUUGCUUAGCACACACGAGGCCCUGGGUUCCAUCCCCAGUACCACAGAAAAGAAAGAAAUCACUUGCUCUAAAGCUUGGCAUUGGCUGUGGACAGCAUGCCGAGGUGGUGGGUGCAACCCCAGCUGGCUUACUAAACUCCAGACCACGCACGUCGUCCACUCCAGGAAUCACGCUCAUUGCCCUCAACAUAGUAAUUUUCCACCAAAUAACCCGCACUCCAUCCUACAGAAUCCAGUGGCGCUUCAUCCUGACUGUGAGAUGCUAAGGACAGUCUGUUGCCUUUGCAGAUCCUUUUGUUUUGACACUUGACUGAAGUGGAAGUCAGCACAGAGCAGUGCCCUGGCCAGGUCUCGGCCUAUGGAUGUAGCUAGAAAGAAAAUCGCCACCAUGGCCCUCCAGGCCCUGGGUGUUUGACCUUUAGGUGGGCCAYGUUCAGUCUCCUACCAUGUGCAGUCUGACCAAGCAGAACCCAUGUCUCAGGGAAGCCCCUGGUUGAAGGAUCUGUCCUCUCUGAAGGAGCAGGGUCCACUCUUGAGUGCUCUGCCCUUGUACCACCUAUGGGUGAAAUAAACCUCCUUUGCUCCUG